CUUCGAAAAUUUAACGUAUGUACUAUUUUUGACUUGAAAAUGUGUACAUUUUACUUGUAAUGGCCUGCAAAGUCCGAGACGAGCUAGUGGGAAAACGUUUUCUGUCAGUGAGUGGUUGUGCAAACCUAAAAACAGUGAAAGUCGAACAGUGGUGUUGGAAGGCGGGAGUUAUACGUGCUGCAAGUCACAAGGAUAACACUCAUCCAGAUCUCCAGGUGCUGGUGGAGUACGAUGGCGCGGACUGGCAGCGCCGGGAGUGGGUGCGCGUGCACCAGGACGUGUUCCAAGUGUUCCUGGUGGAGCACGGCCUCGUGUGGAGCGAAGACCCGGACGACCGCGCCGCCAGACCAGCGCUCACCUUCUCGCCGCUGGUGUCGGGGGCGGAGCUGCCCGAGGACCGGCGGCCGGCGGAGCUGCUGGCGGACCGGCAGCUCGUGUUCCGGGACUACGCCCGCCUGCAGCCGCUCCAGGAGUGGCACUCGGGGCCGGCGGAGGCGGCGGAGGCGGCGGAGGCGGCGCGCGCCUGGCUGGAGCUGCAGGACGGACAGCGGAUCCUGACGGCCGCCCCCAGCGUGCUGCUGGGCUACCGCGUGCAGGUGUACCGCGUGCAGGGCACCACGCAGUGGUACACCGCCGUCGUCGUCGGCUACAACGAGGCCAGCAUGGAGCUGACGGUGACCGAUGACACCGUGUUGGAGGAACACAGCGUCGACCCGCGCCUGGUGCAGAUGAGGCUGAUAGGAGACGGCGUGGUGGAGUCCAUCGUGCGAGGGGAGCUGCUGGGGCCCGCGGCCAGACGCUGCCGACCCUCCACGUCGCUGGCGAACUGCGAGGUCGGCCGACGCAGCGGCGGGGGUCGUCGCACCGCGAGCAGGCGCCAGGCGGGGUCGUCCACGCGCGCCCGGCGCGGCGCAGCCGUCGGCAGAGCCCGGCGCCGCAGGAGGAGACCGCCGCAGAUAGCGACCCCCGACGAUGACGCGGGCGGCAUGGAGCCGGCCCCGGGCAGCAGCGCCGCCGACGACCGCUCCGACUCGGGCGUGAGCUCCCUGCGCGGAGGCGGGUCGGCCGGCAGCGGCGAUGAGCGGUCCGGCUCGCGGUCCAGCGCGCUCAGCUCCGGCGGCGACGAGGUGUGGCGCGACCCGGGGCUGCUGAGCGCCGAGCCGUCCGUGCGCCACGUGCACUCGGUGCAGCACAGCUCGCUGCUGAUGGCGCACCCGCCGGGCCAGCCGCCCGUCGCGGCGCCCCAGCACUACGUGGCGGCGCCGCCGCUGCCGCCGCCCGCGCUCUACCAGGACAUGCUGUGGAAGCCGCGCUACCCGCCGCUGCUGCCGCAGGACCUGCUGGCGGAGCGCGACCGCAUCAUCAGGGAGAGGCAGGAGCUGGUGGAGAAGCAGCGCUCGGAGCGCGAGCGGCAGGAGAGAGAGAAGCUAGAGCGCGAGCGGCAGGAGCGGGAGAAGCUGGAGCGCGAGCGGCAGGAGCGGGAGAAGCAGAUGGAGCGCGAGCGUGAGCGGCAGGAGCGGGAGCGAAUAGAGAACCAGCGGGCCACCGAGCAAGCAGUGCACAAGCAUUUCGAGGAGUCCCUCCGCCUGCUCCAGCAAAAGAACAACAUACAGCGCAACAACAGCAUGUGCUGGAACCUGACCAGCAUGCCGAUGGGGUCCCGAGGGGCGCCCGGCAGCGCGGAGGAGGACCAGCGCAAGAGGGCGGAGCAGCAGAGGCUGAUGGCGGGGGAGCGGCUGAUGCGGGAGUCCCAGUCCCGGGACAGGGCCGCCUUCUACCCCCAGCCCGCGGUUCAACAAAGAGUGGCAAGUGCUCCUCAGAAACCGGAGUACCACCCUCCACCAGCUCAUAGUCGUGCAGGGAGUGCCAAGACUAGUGAAAAACAGACAAUGCAAACUUCCCUGCCUAAGGUGGAACCCAACUUCAGUAUGUUCGGUUAUCCGCCUUACCAGUCGAUGGGUUUCAUCUCGCAACAUGAUGCUGUGAAGAUGAAGAGUUCCGCACCGUGUAAGGAACCUUCUUCAAGCCUCCCCAACCCACCUCCUCUUAUGAGUGACGUAAAAAACUCUGUAAUCGUGAAGAACGAUGGCAAAAUUCCUCACCUCGAGGUGUCACAAGUGAAAACUGCACCACCUCCCCACUCUCCCAGUCCCAAGCUGCAGGCUCAUUACGUUCCGCCCUCGACACAGGCACGCCAGGGAUACGAGUAUCGCAGUCCGUCGCAGUCCCCUCAUCAUCUGUCUCAGAGACACACUCCGUCCCCCUUGCACCACAGGACGCAAGUCCAGCAGCCCCAGCCGCAUCGCCAGUCUCCGGACCAGCGGUAUCGCACGUACGGCACGUCUGCCAAGCAGGCGACCAUGGCGAGUUACCCGUAUCCUACGCUCGUCACGACGGCUGCUCACUACAUCCCGGCUUCAGGUGUCAACGUCACCCCUGGAUCCAAGCCCAAGGUCAGCAGCCCGGCGCCACCUCACAUCUACGGCAUGCCGACAGCAGGCAUUUCGACAGGGGUGCCGGUGUGUCGACCGGAUGUGAGCAUAUGUACGUCCAUGCCAUUGCCGCUCACAUCAAAGGCUCCUUUAACAUCUUCUAUGUCGCCCUCUCCAUAUCAGCAGUUGUCGCAUGGGCACCAACCUCCGCAUCCUUCUCAGCCGAGUCUGGGAGGCCACCCACCUCCGGCCCACAGCAAAGUUACCUACGAAACUCGGCUGUAUUCUCCGGGACUCAAACCUCACUCCAACUUACCACCUCAACAUAGCUCCUCACCACCGGCAGCCACGGCUCCUCACCCAUCGCCCAGAUCUUCUCCCAUGCAGAUGGCGGUCCAUCCUAACAUUUACCAUAUUUCUCAUCCAUCAAUGGACCAGUUGCAGCCCCUCGACCUCGGUGUAUCUGCCAACAGAGAUGAGACUAGUUCUCCCAAGAGGAAGAGCAUGACGCCUCAGCACAGUCCACAGUCUGUGUUGGACAUCAGUAAGAAAAGACCUCGCCUGGACACUAGUUGCGCGCAGUUGGCUCGUGUAAGUGAACCAAGUCCGCUAGUUCUCGGUGCUGCGACCACGAUUACGACAGUCGUGAACACUGCAGUGGUUGUUUCUCAGCCUCAGGAGUCUCCGAUAGUGUCUGCUAGUCCGGUGCCAAGAACUUGUUCUGGAGACGGGUCUGUGCGGCCGAGUAGUACGGGCAGUAGUUCCGGUAUUGCAGUGCUACCAGUUUCGUUAACGCCUCCUCAGCGCAACAGCCCUGCUCCGAGUCCCAAUCCUCCAGGCACGCCUGGAAAACCAACACUUUUGGACUCUGAUAAGUCCAACAGUCCAGGCCCACCUGCCUCCAAACCUUCCAGCUACCAAGUUCACAAGCUCAAGAAGGCGUGGUUACAAAGGCACUCGGGCGAAGAUGGGAGCGAGGACACGACCGGUGUAGUGGGUAGUGGGUCGUGCGUUACUCUUCCUUUGACGAUAGCACCAUCUCCUGUGGUGGUCAGCAGAGAGAGCAGUGUUUUAGGCAGUGGUAUAUCGAACUUGUUACAAAAUGUAGGAACUAUGGCCAUGUCUAGUAUAUGCAAACCAAAAUCAAACUCUGGUAGCAAAGGGAACAACAGGAAGGGUCAGGUGGGGAAAGACGGGGGAACGACUUUCAAUGGCCAUGGCUCCGACAUUUCCGGGAAGUUGCAGCAAGGUGAUACGUCAUCGAGCUCGGACCAAGAGCGUGAGAGCAAGACUCCUCCAAAGAGGAAACCUCCCAAAGUAAAGCGAAAGAAGGGUGCUAGUGCUUUGAGAAAGGCGGCGGCAGAAGAGCUGAAGCGCAAGAAGCUCUCUACUUCUGUGACAUUAAGCGAGAGUGCUAGUGACAGUGACAAGGAAAGUGGCAGUGAGAAAGAUACAGACAGCGGCGGCAGUGCUAAGAAGUCAAGUAGCGUGACUGGGUCGGGCAACGGACCAAGUUUCAGCGGUAACAAGGAGCGGAGGAAACGCGGACGAAGACCCAAGUCAAAAAACGAGCGAGGUGAGGAGCCGCGGCAAAAGAAGCCUCGGGAAGAUCCGUCGGCUCCACAGCGUGAUCCGUUCAGAAAACCACCUGUCAGUCAGCUCAAGAAGACUGGCGAAACUUUCCUUCAGGAUGGUCCGUGCUUUGAGGUAGCACCCAAGCUGGGAAAGUGUCGUGAGUGCAGGUGGACUCCGAACCAGCGAUCAAAGAACAUGCCCAACAUCUUCUGUCGUUUCUACGCGUUCAGGCGCUUGAGAUACACGAAAAAUGGUCAACUGGCUAUAGCUGGCUUCUCGGAUCCACACAGAGAUGCUUCAGAGGACGACCUGAAGCUGUGGCUGCCGCGGGCCAACGCCAAGCCCUCCGACCUGGAGCUGUACGUGUCCCACUUCCUGCUGGCGCAAGUGGGCGACCAGUUCUGCCACGUGGUGCGGCAGGAGGGGGACUGCCAGGCGGCCCACCUGGCGGCCGACCGGGCCCCCGCCUGGAAGAGGGUGGUGCAGGGCGUGCGAGAGAUGUGCGACGUGUGCGAGACCACUCUCUUCAACUACCACUGGGCGUGCCGCAAGUGCGGCUUCGUCGUCUGCAUCGACUGCUACAAGAGCCGCAAGUCGGGCGCCAGCAAGUGCCCCGGGGACACGUCGCGGGACAAGGACGACUACGCCUGGCUCCUGUGCACCAACCGGCAGCCCCACGACCAGGAGAAGCUGAUGCUGACGCAGAUAAUCGCGGGGGACUCGCUGAUGCAGGUGGGGCGUCGCCUCCACGAAGUGAGGAUCGCGCUGGGGAUCAGUCAGUUCUGUGGCUGCCGGCUGGGCAGUCAGCCGCACCACAAGAGAACCAACGGUAUUUGCAAGGAGCUGUGGAAGAACUUCAAAACUGAGCUCCCGAACGGUGUGCUCAUCAAGACUGAAAACAGCGAAAUGGAGGAGGAUGACGUGGACGCAAACAGCGGGGUCACUAAUGGUUCCACUGGCACACCGGAGUGCAAGUCCGAAGUGAAGCCUGAAAUCAAGUCGGAGGUGAAGUCUGACGCGGAGGCAGACGCGGAUGCUGAUGCUGAUGCGGAUGCAGAUGUGGAUACCAAUUGUGAUGCAAAGGCUGAUGUCAAAUGUGAGGUGAAGUCUGAAGACAAGGACAACAACUCGCCUCUUAGUUGGCUGGCGGAUGUGGCUCUCUUGAAUGAAGACAAGAAGCCCAUUGAGGAGCCGGCGGCGAGCGGGGACUCCGACCCGGAGCCCGACAAGGAGGGCAAGUACUCAACGCUGCGCAAGCUGCUGAUCCGGCCGUCCCACAAGCACAACGGCAGCAGCGGCAGCCGCGCCACGCCGAGGAAGCAGCGCGGCGCCCAGCCCGACACGCCAGACUGCAAGGAGGAGGCGGCGCCGUGCGGGGCCAAGAAGAUGGCGGAGCUGAGGCAGUUCAUCCGGCGCUUCAGGGGCUACAACAAGAGCAUCGCGCUGCGGCCGCGAGUCAUGACGCUGGCGGAGAGCACCAAGCUGUACCCGGGGGUGCCCCACUCGUGGCUCUGCAACGGCUGGCUGCUGAGGCUGCACGAUCCCGACCACGUCGGCAACUACAGCCUCUUCCAGGACCAGUGGAGGCGUGGUCAACCUGUGCUUGUAUCUGACGUGGCGAAGCAACUUGAUAAGAGCUUGUGGACGCCGGAGUCUUUUGCGCGUGAUUUCGGGGAUGAGAAGAACGAUCUUGUGAACUGCACGACGGGGGCGAUCGUUACGAACCAGCCGAUGCGCAGGUUUUGGGAUGGUUUCGACCACAUUGCACGUCGCCUCAAGGACGACAGAGGCAACCCGAUGGUGCUAAAACUGAAAGACUGGCCGACGGGGGAGGAUUUUGCCGAGAUGCUUCCUGCAAGGUUCAAUGAUUUGAUGAAGGCACUGCCAUUGACGGAAUACACUCAUCGCACUGGACGACUGAAUCUUGCGAGUCGUCUCCCUGAGUGCUUUGUCAGGCCAGACCUGGGGCCCAAGAUGUACAAUGCCUAUGGCAUGGCACAAGCACAGAAUGCUUCAAAGGGCACAACAAACUUGCAUCUCGACAUAUCAGAUGCGGUCAAUGUCAUGGUGUAUGUUGGCAUCACCAAGGAUGGUGACCAAGAGGAAUACAUCAAAGAUGCGUUCCAGGCUAUCGAGGAGUCUUGCUGCGACAUAAUCACCAAGAAGCGCGUGCAGGAGGAACACGAGGUGCCCGGAGCGCUGUGGCACAUCUACAGCGCCGGCGACGCGGACAAGAUACGCAAUCUCCUGAACCAGGUGUCGCUGGAGCGUGGGGUGCGGCUGGAGGCCCACCAUGACCCCAUACACGACCAGAGCUGGUACCUGGACAAGAAACUGCGCGACCGACUGUACGUGGACUACGGCGUGGAGUCCCACAGCAUAGUGCAAUUCCUGGGCGACUCCAUCUUCAUACCUGCUGGGGCGCCACACCAGGUUCGUAACCUGCAUAAUUGCAUAAAGGUAGCAGAAGACUUUGUGUCACCAGAAAAUGUGUCGCAUUGCUUUCACAUGACUCAGGAAUUCCGCUGCCUUUCCAAUGCGCACACCAACCAUGAAGACAAGUUACAGAUAAAGAACAUCAUCUAUCAUGCAGUCAAAGACUCCUUGUCUGUUAUAUCAAGUGCCAUUGCCAUGGCUAAAGAAGAGUACGUGAAUGUAACCGAUGGCAUGGAAGCUAGUGCAAUCUCCACUACAGCAACAGAACAAUUGGCAGCCAGUAACGGUGAUGCAAAAGAAGACUCAACCUGAACUAUGUAUUCCCUUCGUUGAGAUAGCAACAUUUCAAUGAAGGGAAAAAACUAUUUUCACUUGGGCAGUGCCCUAUUUGCAUUUCUGACAAAAGAUUUAACUUGAGGUGAAUGAUCUCAAAUCAUGAGGGCAAAUCCUGCCACGCGUGCUGUUACUGAUGAAAAAUAUCUACGUGUCCAUUGUAGCAUCUACUUUUUUUCAUUUCAGUGUCAUAAAAUUUCUUCAUUACUUAAGUGGAGACAUGGAUGUUUUGAAACUGUGUAAAUUCUGAAAAAAUUGUAUGUCCAUACUUUAAAAUACUGUUACAUAGAAUAGGUGAACGUUCACUAUUUGUUUUCUUCUGCAAGCACACGCUGUUAUUGUAUUGCCUGCUUUUUCACUAUUACGGAGUUGCAACGUAGUCAGAACACAAGUGCCAACGUGAGUGUGAUAUUUAGAAAGUGGGAAGGGAGCGUCGGUGUACAUCUAUGUAGUUUAACGCUGUGUCUCUUUUUGAGUGGGUUUUGUGUUUGUUUCUGUUAUCGAGAAUAUAUUAGAAGCUUAUUUCUUUAACCAAAGUCACCAGGAACAGAUGAUGUAGUUCCUAUGUAUGUUUAGUACCUAAUUCUACGAUCUUUGGUUACGCAUCAUUUGAGGUGAUGGACGAUGCAAUUUCCUUGAUCUCAGACCUCGUACAUAAUGCAUACAACGAGUUGCAGAAGUUUUUAAUGUGUGUAUAUUUUGUGGACUACGAGCGGUCGGAUUCGACAAACAGAGACUUGUCGUUUUUUGGUGUUUACAUGAUACCAGUAUUUUUUAAAUGCAUGUAAAGUGAUGUUUAUGUUCCCGUUGUGUUUAAUUUGUGUACAGUUUUCCCUGCCCUUCUGCCACCAAGGAACUGCGUGUAAUUUAUUGUGGUGGUGUGUCAAUGCCGUUACCGAGAAUCAGUUCCGACUGAUGGCACUAGUUGCCUAUCCCUCCCUGCUGUACAGUGCACUUGUCUUCAUGUUCUGUGACCCUCAUUUGAGGGAUCGGUAAAGUUUUUUUGUACUGUGUAAAUGUAAGAAGGCAGUUUGAAUAACAAAAAUGUUUAUAUUA